CGCCGCUCUACUCUUAGCGCCUAGCAUCACCCGAAUUCACGAAAAUGACUCACCAGUACCCAGCUCUCUCUGCUGAGCAGAAGAAGGAAUUGGCAGACAUCGCUCAAAAGAUUGUGGCACCUGGGAAGGGCAUCUUGGCUGCUGAUGAAUCCGUGGGGAGCAUGGCCAAACGACUAAGUGGAAUUGGUGUGGAUAAUAUCGAGGAGAACAGGAGACUGUACCGUCAGUUGCUCUUCAAGGGUGACGAGCGUAUGCAGGAAUGUAUUGGUGGUGUCAUCUUCUUCCAUGAGACUAUGUACCAACAGGGUGACUGCGGCACCAAUUUUGUCAAGAUGAUAAAGGACAAAGGAAUUGUUGUUGGGAUUAAGGUUGAUAAAGGGGUGGUCCCUCUUGCUGGCACCAAUGGAGAAACUACUACUCAGGGUUUGGAUGGCUUGUCAGAACGCUGUGCACAGUACAAGAAGGAUGGAGCUGAUUUUGCCAAAUGGCGUUCUGUGCUGAAGAUCAGUGAGACCACUCCCUCUGCCCUUGCUAUUCUGGAAAAUGCUAAUGUGCUUGCCCGCUAUGCCAGUAUCUGCCAGCAGAAUGGCAUUGUUCCAAUUGUGGAGCCUGAAAUCCUUCCUGAUGGAGACCAUGACCUGAAACGCUGCCAGUAUGUAACUGAGAAGGUGCUCGCUGCAGUGUACAAGGCUCUCAGUGAUCAUCAUGUAUAUUUGGAAGGCACUUUAUUGAAACCCAAUAUGGUAACUGCUGGCCACGCCUGCCCAACCAAAUACACUGCAGAGGAGAUUGCCAUGGCAACUGUAACUGCUCUGCGUCGUACUGUGCCUCCUGCUGUGCCAGGAGUUACUUUCCUAUCUGGUGGACAAAGUGAAGAAGAGGCCACUAUUAAUCUGAAUGCAAUCAACAACUGCCCUCUUGCCAGACCUUGGGCUCUCACAUUCUCUUAUGGACGUGCCCUGCAGGCCUCUGCCCUCAGUGCCUGGCGUGGCAAGAAGGAAAAUGAGGAUGCAGCCACUAAUGAGUUCUUGAAGCGAGCAGAGGCCAAUGGUCUUGCAGCCCUCGGAAAGUAUGAACAGAGCGGGGAUGGAUGUGGGGCAGCUGGACAGUCCCUGUAUGUUGCAAACCAUGCAUACUGAGCUCUGCAGUCCACUGAGCACUCACCUACAGAACAGUUGUCCUCAUCCUGCAAGCAGCCUCCACUUGGACAUCCCCUGCAGCCAAAGCCUGGAAUAGUCACAGCCAUCUCCUACCCAGCUUAUUCCCCUAACCUUAUGUUGCUAAUGUGAUCUUGAAGUAAUGGAGGUGAGGUUGUGAGUGAAUGAAUCAGGCUUCACCCACCUUUGCAGCAUAAUGUACCUGGUUGUAGUAUAUUUUCCUAACAAAACAUUUAUUUUUGUGAAAGAUUUUGCUUUACAGCCAUAAUAAGAGGAGUGCAGAUUGUUGGUAAUCCUUCUAAAUAGGUCAAUAGUGUGUCCAUUGUUGGACAGGAAAUAUUAACAUGUGGUGCAGUUGGAGAUAAUUCUACGGUGGUAUAUAUCCAGUUUUAUUAUUCUCGUGCACAAAAACAAGCUGCACCCAAAUAUCUACUGUUCAUUCAAUCCAUGACACUGUUCUGUCUUGCACUUUGCGGUACUUCUAUAGGUAGAUAGUGUGAGAAGUGUUGCGCUUCCUAUUCCACUAAAAGCAGGUCCUUCCCAUGUUGUUAGGUCUUUGGCAAGUAAAAUGAGAUUAGAACUGAAAGGAGAGCUAUUGGGAAGGGCAACUAAUGAAUGGCUGUGUAUCUUGUGAAACUAGUGUGUUGUCUGUCUCUGUCUGAAACUGAUGUACCAAAUAGUAUGAAAAUAAAUUAUAUAUUGAAAA